GAGACGCCGACGACCAACCAAACCAAGCCUAUAUUGUCUGUCGACUUUUCUCUCUCUCUCUCUCUCUCUCUCUCUCUCUCUCUCUCUCUCAGAGGCACACCACGCCACUCUCUCUUCGAUUCAGCUUCAGCUAAAUCCAGUUCUAACCGCAGAUCGUGCUUUUGCUUUUGUGUUUGUGAAGCACUUCUCUACUUGCGCUUCCUCUUCUCCAACCUGAUUCGAUUCCCUUGCUGCUAAAUUCUUUGAGUGAGAGAGAGGAUGUCGGGUGGCACGCAGAAGAGUCUGAGAAAAGCACUUGGAGCCCUUAAGGACACCACAACGGUCUCGUUGGCUAAGGUCAACAGUGAUUACAAGGAAUUGGACAUUGCUAUAGUUAGAGCCACAAAUCAUGUUGAACGUCCUGCAAAGGAAAAACACAUAAGAGCUAUAUUUGCAGCUAUCUCAGCUACAAGACCUAGGGCCGAUGUUGCCUAUUGCAUCCAUGCUCUUGCACGACGUUUAUCAAAGACGCAUAACUGGGCGGUUGCACUGAAAACUUUAAUUGUGAUUCACCGUGCUCUAAGGGAAGUGGAUCCUACAUUUCAUGAAGAACUCAUUAAUUAUGGGAGAAGUAGAAGUCAUAUGCUCAACAUGGCUCAUUUUAAAGAUGAUUCCAGUCCAAAUGCAUGGGAUUAUUCUGCAUGGGUCCGCACUUAUGCAUUGUUUUUAGAGGAAAGGUUGGAAUGUUUUCGUGUGCUGAAGUAUGACAUUGAGGCAGACCGUCCUAGGACCAAAGAUCUGGAUACUGCAGAACUGUUACAGCAGUUGCCAUCUUUACAACAACUUCUCUUCCGUGUUAUUGGUUGCCAGCCACAAGGGGCAGCUGUAAAUAACUUUGUCAUUCAGUUAGCACUCUCAAUGGUUGCUUCGGAAAGCAUUAAAAUUUAUCAAGCUAUUAGUGAUGGCACAGUCAAUAUGGUUGAUAAGUUUUUUGAGAUGCAACGGGAUGAUGCUUUGAAAGCUCUUGAUAUAUACAGGAGGGUUGGGCAGCAGGCUGAGAGACUGUCAGAAUUUUAUGAAAUAUGCCGUAAUCUUGAUAUUGGACGGGGAGAGAAGUUUAUUAAAGUUGAGCAGCCCCCUUUGUCAUUUCUGCAAGCCAUGGAAGAGUAUGUCAAAGAUGCUCCACAGGGACCAAUAGUUCGCAAGGAUCAGGCUAUUGAAAACAAAGAAGUUUUGGCUAUUGAAUACAAAAAGACAACAGAAGUGCAAGAGGAACGUCCACCCUCACCCUCCCCCUCCCCCUCACCCCCUCCCGCUCCACCUUCUGAACCUGUUAAAGUGGAAGCACCACCAGUACAACCACCACCUGAUCUGUUGAAUUUGGAGGAUCCUGCUCCAGCUGCUUCAGAGUUGGAUGAGAAGAAUGCAUUGGCUUUAGCCAUUGUUCCCGUUGCUGUUGAACAACAACCUUCUGCUGUUUCAAAUCAAGCAAAUGGAACUACAGGAUGGGAAUUGGCACUUGUUACUGCUCCUAGUUCAAAUGAGAGUGCUACCACAGCUAGCAAACUGGCUGGAGGUUUGGACAAGCUUACACUAGACAGCCUAUACGACGAUGCACUCCGGAGAAACAACCAAAAUGUCAGCUACAAUCCAUGGGAGCCAGCACCAGGUGGAAACAUGAUGCAACCAACAAUGCAUGAUCCAUUUUUCACCUCUAAUACCGUUGCCGCUCCACAUUCUGUUCAGAUGGCUGCUAUGUCCAACCAGCAGCAAGCUUUCAUGUUCCAACAGCAGCAGCAAAUGAUGAUGAUGCCCCCACAACAACAAUCUGGAAAUCCUUUCGGAAAUCCUUAUGGAGCCGCCACUGUCCACCCCUACGGCCCAGGUAUGCCUGUUCAAUCAUACAAUCCAUAUACAGGUCUCAUCUAGCCAUUUCAUGUGGAAAACAAAUCCUUAAUAAGCUCAAGGAAAAAACAAAUGGAUACUCUCAGCCUUUGGUUCUGAGAUUGGGAAACGUGAAGAAGAAUAGACUUGUAUCAUACGUUGUGUGUGUGCCAUAGUUAGCUAGAGUGAAAUUCUUUUUGAAUAAUUAGCGGAGGGAGGGUUUUGAUUAUAUGAUUUUUUAUGUACAAGGUUAAUUAACGAGCUUUGAUUCAAACCUCUUAGUUUCUUUUGUCCCUGGUUGAUUACUUCAACGCUUUAGCAGAAAAUUUGUUCUUGAUAUAUUGGACUAUAUUGUUCUCAGUUGCCAUUUCCUGUAUAUGGUGGGGAAGUAUAUUCAUUAUGUGAUUGUUAUACAAUUUGUUCGAUGAAAAUACGUCAAGUCUAAUAAAUGAGUCAUUUUGGUUUGAGGAACAA